GUUUCGCUCUGCGGCUCUGUCCCCGCCACAGCGCGUAGUAAACUCACUCAGUCAUCGAAAAGUUUGCAGCGUGCGCCUUGAACUUGUCACUGUACGGAGUUUUGUGGAUGCUAACUCUUUAAUAGGACUUAAAUUGUGCCAUCAUGAAGACUUGAGAAGCCAGACUCAACGGUAUCAAGGAAAUUCCCCAGAUCGGCGGGUCACCACAGUUUGGUAUUUGUACAGCUGCACUAAGCCUCUGUUUCUGCUCAACAAAUCCACAUGGAGAAAUGCAGUGCCUAAAGACGUAACUACCCGCCUAUGCUCAUAAUGGUGAACUGAUUUAUUUAACCUGGGAUGGCCUCAGAAAAGACCCAGACGCGGAUAGGUGCUGUGGCCGUAGCUCGGCGCGCCUCAUCUUCCACAAAAAAUGGCGGCUUCCAGGAGUUUCACCAAUUACCCGAUCCAUGCCGGUCCAGACAGCACUGCGGCCCGGCCUUGCUCUGGUACAGGAAGUUGUCGAUGGACAGUGGAAGAGACAACUUUGCAGAUGAGAAUGAGCUAUACGCUGGAGAUUUAAGCUGCUCUCCAGGCUCCCGGGAUAAACCAAAUCCUGACGGAGUUAUUGGGAUCAGAGUUUCUCCGAUAGUAUCUGUGAGAGUUUCAGCAGGAUGUGCAACUCUGCUGGACUCUUCAGUAGAGGACAGGGCGGGUGUCUGCACAAGUCCAAUGUCCAACCCAUGUCCCAUUCCUCACCCAAAGCAGAGACACCUCCGCCGCAGCAGCCUCCCUGUGUCUGUGCUCAGCAUCAACAAGGCCUCCCCACACAUGAGCUGGUCCAGCCCCUGCAGUGAGCCUGGCUCCCGAGGUUCCUCUCCCGGUGGGUCUCCUGAUGUCUCCCGCCACUGUCUCCCCCCGGGACACCUCAAGCGGCAGCGUGUUAUAACGGGCUACUCCAGUUUAGAGCGCCUCAACAGACGUCCUCGGGAUAACAAGUGUGUAGUAGACAAACUGUUCCUGCCCCCGUCUGCAGGUCGGGGGCAGAUGUCCAGCAGCAGCAGUGAGACCAGCACUGAGGAGGCAGACGAAGAAGACUUUGAGAGGAACCGCAAGGAGCGCUCCACUGUCCUUGUCCGCCGCUUUUACAAAAACAAUACGAAGGUCAAGAAAAGGGUGUGUACUGGAACCAGAGCUCUCGUCAGGACGCUGCCUUCAGGACAGAUCUCAGAGGAGAACUGGCAGAAGGUCAUGUGUCAUCAGAGCUGGAGACCAACCAAAGACCAAGUGUGGAGUCUGCUGACCCGCACCGGACCAGAGGAACUCCGGGUGCGCAGGGACGUGCUCAGAUUAGUCCUCAACCUCCAACAGGUAUGCAGCGAUGUCCCGGGCAGACGGGAGCCUUACCUGACUCACCCGGCUCAGAAGCUGCUGUUGUGCUGUGGACAUGACCACCUUAGGGACCCCGGUGCACCCAGCUCUGUCACAGUGUCUCUGAUACCCCGGCCCAGCAGGUUGUAUCGUGCCUGCAGCGUGCGGACCUCCGUGUGUUCCCUAUUGUCCGGAGCUCUUCUGGAAGCCACAGCUGCUGUCGGGGCCCGCUCCUCUUUGCCUCUGCCCCCGCCCUGCCCACAGAGUGCCAACUGCCACGCUGUGCUGAAAGAACGGCAACUGGCCAACAGCAUGACCAGCAGCACUCUCCCUCCCAGUGUCAGUGGCAUCGGUAAAGAGCUGGCUGACCUCCGACCUCUGGUGCAGUUUCCAGAAGAAAUCGCAUGUAUCCUCACCGAGCAGGAGCAGCAGCUAUACCAAAGGGUAUUUCCCUUGGACUACCUCUGUUUCCUCACUCGAGACCUGGGCAGUCCCGAGUGUCAGGCUAAACGCCACCCCAACCUCAAAGCCACACUGUCUGCACCCUCCAUGCCUACCCAGAAUGCCAUGCGCGCUAACGCUGUGGAGGACCUGGUUGCACGCUUCAACGAGGUCAGUUCAUGGGUGACAUGGCUGGUUCUCACAGCAAGUUCAAUGGAGGAGAAGAGAGAGGUUUUCUCCUAUCUGGUGCAUGUGGCCAAGUCCUGUUGGAACAUGGGCAACUACAAUGGCGUCAUGGAGUUUCUCGCAGGGCUAAGGUCUCGUAAGGUUCUUAAAAUGUGGCAGUUUAUGGACCAGUCAGAUAUAGAAACCAUGAGAAGCCUGAAGGACGCCAUGGCACAGCACGAGACUUCAUUGGAGUACAAGAAGGUGUUGACCAGAGCUCUCAAUAUACCUGGUUGCAAGGUGGUACCAUUCUGUGGAGUUUUUCUGAAGGAGAUCAGUGAUGCUUUAGACGGGACGGCAAGUAUCAUCAGCCUUAAACAAGAUACCACAGAGGACUCACUGGAGUUUGUGUCUGACUACAGCGGCCAACAGAACUUCAUGUCUCGUUCUGGGCCAGACGGACUGCACGUUCCUGAAAAAGAAGCAACAGUCAGCAACAUACUACAAAUCAUCCGGUCUUGUAAUCGGAGUUUGGAAGCAGAGGACCCAGAUGACGCGUCAAUCGGUGGUUCUUCUGGUCCAUCAAUGACAUCAAGAACCAACUCCUUCAAGGACUACAACCGCAAUCAUUCCUGUUCAUUUAGGACCCCACCAGAUUCAAGCCGUGUCUUAUUCAUGGUGGGAGAUUUGUCCGACUCAGAAAAUGACUUGUCUUCAGAACCUGUGUCAAAGGACGGGGACUGUCAGAGCAGUGAGGAUGCACACAAAGCCUUCAGCCACAACACAGAGCUCAUUCCCUGGUAUGUGCUGUCCUUACAACCUGAUAUUCAUCAGUUUUUGCUACAAGGAGCCACAGUGAUCCACUAUGACCAGGACAGCCACAUCACCGCACGCUGCGUCCUGCGACUCCAGCCCGACAAUGUCACACUCACCUGGGGUAAGCCUCCGAGUGGUGGGGGCUUUUCGCCUGAGCACCCCUUUGGAUCAGGACACACUAUUGCAGUAGGACUAGCAGAAGGCCUUUUGGACCUAGCAGUUGUCAAGGCGGUGUUCAUGGGUCACCAGGGCAUCGACAUACAUGGAGUGUGUGUACAGAACAAGCUGAGUCAGAUGAAUGUGGAGGAGAAUGGUCUGAGCCUCCUCUAUGGGCUCGGCACCACUGACAACAGACUCCUGCACUUUGUUGCCCCUAAGAACACUGCACAAAUGCUGUAUAAAGGCUUGUCAGAGCUGGUAAAUGCCAUCAGAAAAUUAAAGAAGUUUCCUGAUCAAAGACUGCAAUGGCUACGCAGGCAAUACGUCAGUCUGUAUCAGGAGGAUGGCAGGCAUGAGGGUCCUACUUUAGCCCAGGCCAUUGAGCUGUUCGGAGGAAGGCGGUGGAACAUGGGCUCUGGGGGAGUGGAGAAAACGGCCGCACAGAAAAACAGUCCUCUGGGAAUCAAUGAAAAGGCCAAGAAGAAGAAGAAGGUCUUAGUGCGGGGAGACAGUGGAGACGCUACAGAUGAUGAAAUGGUUUCCAGGAAAACUCGCAGCUGUAAGGAGGGAUUGUAUCGAAACGGUCCCGAGUCAGAGAGUGUGGACCAAGAAGAUCCAGAGGAUGGCUUCCCCGGACCCUUCUCUCUCUCAUCCAGUCGGAGUCCUGGGUUGUUGGUGUCUUCUUCCUCUUCAUCCUCUUCUUCCAGUAUGACCGGGGCCAGCCAGUCCCGGCCACAGUCCUCCCCGAUCCUGUCAGGAAGCACCAAGUCACAACCUGGGGCAUGGAGCAGUCGGUCGUGGCAUGGCCGAGGAAAAGGUUGUUUCAAAGGCUUCCAAAACCUGAUGAUUUCUGACAGCACCAUGAGCUUCAUCGAAUUUGUGGAGCUUUUCAAAUCCUUUAGCAUCCGUAGCAGGAAGGACCUGAAGGAGCUGUUUGACACUUUUGCGAUCCCCUGCAGUCGCUCAGGUCCGGAGUCUGCACCUCUUUACACAAACCUCAAGAUAGACGACAAAGACACAGGCACACAGCCAGACCUCGACUUACUCACCAGGAACGGCUCGGAUUUGGGUUUGUUUAUCCGGACCAGACAGCUCAUGUCGGACAACCAGAAGCAGAUCUCCGACGCCAUCGCAGCGGCCAGCAUCGUGACCAACGGCACCGGGGUGGAGAACGCCUCUCUGGGGGUCCUGGGACUGUCCAUCCUUCAGCUCAAUGAUUUUUUAGUAAACUGUCAGAAAGAACACCUUAGCUAUGACGAGAUUCUCAGUAUUAUUCAGAAAUUUGAACCCUCUGUGAGUAUGAGACAAAUGGGAUGGAUGUCGUUUGAAGGAUUUGCAAGGUAUUUAAUGGACAAAGAUAACUUUGCUUCAAGAAAUGAGGAAUCCCAGAUAAAUCCAGAGGAGCUGCAGUAUCCACUAUCGUACUAUUACAUUGAAUCUUCUCACAACACGUACCUGACCGGACACCAGCUCAAAGGAGAGUCCUCUGUAGAGCUUUACAGUCAGGUUUUACUGCAGGGCUGUCGGAGCGUUGAGUUGGACUGUUGGGAUGGGGAUGAUGGGAUGCCAGUAAUCUAUCACGGGCACACACUCACGACCAAGAUUCCUUUUAAGGAUGUGGUAGAAGCAGUAAACCGCUCUGCAUUCAUCACCUCUGACAUGCCGGUCAUACUGUCCAUAGAGAAUCACUGCUCCCUCCCUCAACAGCGCAAGAUGGCCGAGAUAUUUAAGACGGUGUUUGGAGAUCGUCUUGUGACCCGUUUCCUUUUUGAGAGCGACUUCAGUGAUGACCCCCACCUACCUUCACCGUGGCAACUCAGGGGCAAGAUCCUGCUGAAAAACAAAAAGCUCAAAGCCCACCAGGCGCCUGUGGACAUCCUCAAGCAGAAGGCUCACCAGCUUGCCCAUAUGCAAGCUCAGGCCAGCAACGGCUCACAAGGCAUCCCAUCGCAUGGCAACCACACAAAUGAGGAAGAUGAAGAGGAGGAGGACGAGUACGAUUACGACUAUGAGUCUUUAUCAGAUGCUGAUGUCCUUUCAGCCUCUACUGCCUCCUAUGGCCUUGAAGAUAAUAUCCUGGAUGACAAACCAGAGGGGAAGAGCCCUGCAGAAAAAGACGAGCAUCCAGUUGAGGAAAUGCCCAAGAGGAAAAAGGCCGACAGCACGAGCCAGAGUAAAGGAAAGCAGGUGUUUGACAUGGAGCUAGGAGAGGAGUUUUACCUGCCUCAGAAUAAGAAGGAGAGUCGGCAGAUCGCACAGGAGCUCUCAGAUCUGGUCAUCUACUGCCAGGCCAUUAAGUUUCCUGGCCUGUCCACUCUGUCUCCGACUGGGUCCAGCCGAGGGAAGGACCGGGGGAAGAGCAGGAAGUCCAUAUUUGGAACCGCUCCCACUCGCUGCAGCACAACAGGGGAGGUCGUGGCACAGAACCGCACCCCUGGGAAAGGUGGCAGUGAGCGUUUGAGCUGGGAAGAACAGACUUCUCCUGUCCUUAACGCCCCGACCUGUCUGAGUGCUAUCAUUCGGACCCCAAAGUGUUACCACAUCUCCUCUGUGAACGAGAACGCGGCCAAGCGACUGUACCGACGCUACUCUCUGAAGCUGAUCCAGCACACGGUGGGCCAGCUGCUCAGGACUUACCCCGCUGCCACCCGGAUCGACUCCACCAACCCCAACCCUCUGCUCUUCUGGCUGCACGGCAUUCAGCUGGUGGCCCUCAACUAUCAGACAGAUGAUUUAUCAAUGCAACUAAAUGUGGCAUUAUUUGAAGCCAAUGGUGGAUGUGGAUACGUUCUGAAGCCUGCAGUGUUGUGGGAUCGCAGCUGUCCUCUUUACCGACAGUUCUGUCCAAUCGAGAGGGAUGUUGACAAAAUGACUCCUGCUCUUUAUUCAAUCACAAUUGUCUCUGGUCAGAACGUGUGUACUGGGAACAGCUCGGGCAGCCCCUGUGUGGAAGUGGACAUUCUGGGUAUGCCCGUGGACAGCUGCCACUUCAGAACCAAACCAAUCCACCGCAACACGCUCAACCCCAUGUGGAGUGAGCAUUUCCAGUUCAGUGUCUACUUCGAGGAGCUGUGCUUCAUUCGGUUCUCUGUGGUGGAGAACAAUAGCUCCCAAACCACCGCACAGAGGACACUGUCUCUGAAGGCCCUCAAGCUUGGCUACAGGCAUGUACAGCUUAGGACACAGCACAAUGAGCCUCUGGAAGUGUCCAGUUUAUUCAUCUUCAGCUCCAGAACAGAGGAAAGUCCAACAGGGGGCACCACUUCUGCAUCCCUGCUUUUCAGUUCAGAGGACAAGCGGUUGUCGCGGCAGCACAAAGUGACAGUCCAUGGAGCUCCAGGUCCUGAGCCUUUUACACUGUUCCCUGUGACAGAACUCACCACAGUCAGGCAGCUGCUGGAAAAGGCUGUGAGCUCUGCAGAGGGGCCAUGUGAGUAUGUGUUGUGUGAGGAGAAACUGCCUCUGUCCAAGGAGCGCGGAGCCGAGGUGAAGAGGUCUGCUCAGGUCCGGACUCUGGCCCCUGACGAGAAAGUCCUCCGACUGGUCUGGAACUGGACCACAGACGAAGGAUAUGUGGGAAGGCUCUGUCUGAAACUCAGAGAACAGAAAGCAGUUGAUAAAGGCCUGUGUCCUGAUGGAGAAGAGGAGUUGGCGGUCAGUAGUAGAGAGGCAGGAGAAGAUGCCAUGUUCUUUGUCCAGGUUCAUGAAGUUUCCCCUGAGCAGCCGCACACAGUUAUCAAAGCUCCACGCUACAGUACUGCACAAGACAUCAUCACACAGACUCUGUCAAAGGCCAAGUACUCCUGCAGCAUCCUGUCCAACCCUAACCCAGGAGACUAUGUCCUGAUGGAGGAAGUCACCAAGGACUUAGGAGGCUCCACAAAGAAGUCGUCUGCGUCUAAACCAGUGCAGAGAGUGCUCCAGGAUCAGGAGUGUGUGUACCAGGCACAGAGCCGGUGGCGCGGCGCUGGGAAGUUCAUCCUCAAACUGAAGGAGCAGAUAGGGCGCGAGGAUAAGAAGAAAGUGAUGUCAUUUGCCAGCGAACUGAAGAAGCUGACCAGUCGUAGUCGCAGUAUGACCACAGGGGGCGCUGCAGACGGUUCGGUGCAGAGGUGCCUGUCUGCAGCAGUGGGGCUGAAGGCCUGGGUGACAGAGGGUAGGCUCAUGCAGAGCUCCACCUCCAAGAAACUGGUCCGAGAAAGCCCGCUUCCCCUCUCCACUCUGACCCCUGCGUCCUGGACUCUCCACCUCCUCCGCAACUGGAAGAUCCACAAAUAAAGCCAGAUGAGUGAGAGAGUUCAACAUUGACCACUUCUAUUGAAGGUUUCAGCUCAGUCUGGAGCAGAGGGCGUAUAGACUCCAGUCCUACUUUAGUUGGUAGUACAAGACCCUCCUGGACUGGACCUUAGCUCUGGUACUUGGUAGAGGACAGACAGAGGCCUGAGGGUUCACAUAGUCACAUUUGGGUGGGGUUGUGUUUGAAGACCCCAUUUUACGUCACUUUAGAGCUGAGGCUCAUAUCACAGAGCAGCUAUGAGGGCUCCGGGUUUGGGGAGUUCUGGAGUCAUGUUGUAGAGAACAAGGUGUUUUCCUGAGGAGUAGAUAUGGCCCUUUUAGAAAAUAAAUGGAGGUCAAACUACAUCCACAUUUAGAUGACUGGGGGCUUUGCUUUCAGAUAAUUUAAUUUAAUUUGUACACAUCAUGUAAAAUCUUGUGCAUUCUUAACAAAUAGCCACGAAGUAGCUAAACUGCAUUUUACACUAUAUACACUAAAUGAUGUGUGCUGCAUUCAAAAACAAUGAAAGGAAGGAUAUUAGAGAAUGUAGGGAAGAAAGUAGACAAGCAGGCUUGUUUAGUUGUUUAGUCCAUUGUUAGAUUAUGACAGUACUGUACGUGUGCGCACAUCAGCAGGUGCAGGUGGUCAUCCAGAGAAAAGAGUGACCUUUCAGUGUCUGCAUUUUGUUCCCUUUAAAAUAUUUAACUGGCAUUGAUUUGAAUUAUUGAUUUUACUGAGGGAGCAUUUUGUUUUAUUUUGCCAUGUCAUUUCAAAAUUGCUAAAUUUGCAUUGUUCUUGUUUCCUGAGAUUAAUGUGGAAACUACACAUUUUUUGCCCAAAGUUUGAAUUUAGAAUGACUGAAAUUUAAUUUGUUGUAUACUUUUUUCCUUAUGAAAAAAGAUAUACAUAUUUAUUUUUGUCAUUAUUUACAUUUCCUUUAAAUUGGCAAUUGAAAAUGGUAUCUUUGCUUUGUUAAAUUUUUGGAUUUUCAUGCUGUUUUCAAACAUGUAUUUCUUCAGAACUGGGUAAAAGAAUGGACAAUAAACGUGGAAAGUGACAUUCCAUUGUUAAUUGGCAAAACUUAGCCAUGUUUCUUUAGUCCACAUGUGAUUGAUGUACAUUUUAUUUUCACCCUGAUUUGGCACUGGUAGUAUGGCCUAUUUCCUUAAGUGCAGGAGCAUGUGUGGUGCUUUGGUCUAAUAGGUUUUUAGGUAAAUAAGAUUGUGAUUCCCGAAAGCACAGCUCUUUCUGCACAUGAUAAUCAGCGGCAUAGUGGCUCCUCUAAUCCUGUUAUUCAUUCAGGAAAUGUCUAUUAAGCACACCAGCCUUUUGCCCACUGCUGCACUGAUUAAAUGUACCAUAAAGAAAAGCAUCACCUACAUGAAACGCAAAGGGACAUUUUCCUCACAUUUGUCAUGAGCCCAGCUGUGUGGCUCACUUUCCUCCUUUGUUCUUUGUAGAUCCUGCUUUUGAAUGUAUCAUGGUAAAGAAAGAGUGAUAAAUCAUUGUUAUUUAUUUCAAUGUGAAGCCCUGGUUGGCAUUUUUCUGUGUAUCAUUUCUUGUCAAUAUUUUUUAUUUAUUUCAACUGCCCUAACUAAGUGUACUCUUAUUUAGUUUUAUUAUAAUUGUAUUGUAAAAUUGUCCUUUCGCAACAGCAGCAUGAUGCCUUUUCUUUAGUGAGGUUUUUUGGUUGUGUCCUCUGAAUGAGCAUGCCAUAGCUCCUCACCAACAUGUUACACUCCACAUCCUGCACAUGCCAUUAUGUUGCUGUUAACAUUGACUAUUUACUUGAAUUGAAGGAAUUGUAUUUUGGUGAAUGUCAUAUUUACCAGCAUCACAAUAAAAUAUAUUUUAAGGUU